AUGGAGUCUCAGGUGCGUCAGAACUUCCAUGCUGAGUGUGAGGCUGCUGUGAACCGCCUGGUGAACCUAGACCUCUAUGCUAGCUAUGUCUAUCUGUCUAUGUCCUACUACUUUGAGCGAGAUGAUGUGGCCCUGAGGCACAUGGCCCAGUUCUUGAAGGUACAGUCUCAUGAGCAGAAGGAGCAUGCAGAGAAGUUCCUGACCUAUCAGAACAAGAGAGGGGGAAGCAUUGUCUUGCAGGAUAUCAAGAAGCCCGAGCGGGAUGAGUGGGGAAACAGCCUGGAGGCUCUGCAAUGUGCCCUGCAGCUGGAGAAGACUCUGAACCAGGCCCUGCUGGACCUGCACAAGCUGGCUACAGAGAAGAAUGACCCCCAUCUAUGUGACUUCCUGGAGUCUGAAUACCUGGAGGAGCAGGUGAAGGCCAUCAAGCAGCUGGGAGACCACCUCACCAACCUGAAGCGCCUGGGAGUGCCCCAGAAUGGCAUGGGAGAGUACCUGUUUGACAAGCUCACCCUGGGGGAGAGCAGCUGA